UUCCUUCCCAACACUUCAAAAGUGUAUAGGGUUCUGGUCUCAAGGAAGAAGAAGAAGAAACCCAAUUUUCACAGAGAGAGAGAGAGAGAAUAGAGGAUGAAUAUGGACGGGCCUCUUGAUUUCGAGAACGAAGAUCCUCUUGUCAACCCUCCACCAUCUGCUGAGAAAAGGAAGAAAGUGAUUGGCUUGGAUGACCUUGUCUCUGAGUUUUACAAAGAGAAGAGCAAACUCAUAGACAAGGGAAACAGGAAACGGAAAGCCUCUAAGCUUUACGAUUCUGAUGAUGAUGAACGUGGCCAACAAGCUUUGCUUUCUAUUGUUGAUGACUGCCGGAAUCAGAUGAAUGAGAUAUGCAGCGAAGAAGAUGUCCAGGAGUGGGGUUUGUGUAUGUUUGGAGAUCAGAAAGCUCCAACGCAAUCACUAAUUGCUGAUCUCGAUAGUUGCCACUUGUUGAAAGAGUUUAUGAAUAGUCAGCUAAAUUCGCUGGUGGAACUUAAUCCGGAUAAUGGAACAGCUUUUCUUGAGGGAUUGCUGGUUAACGGCUGGCUCACAAAACUUAUCUUGACGUGUGCACGUGUGGAAACAAUCAUAUGCAAAUGGACGCUUGAUAUGUUGUUGUAUUCAUCAAAAGAAGACUUAAGAUCUUCUGCUUGUGACUUCUGGUGUUCCAUACUGUUGUCACAAAACGAGGUUAAUGGAGCUGCUGUUGAAAUUGAAUGGCUCCCUAACUAUCAGAUACUUAAUGAAGCUCUUGAAUCAUAUGGUUUCAGAAUUAGUUCAUCACAAGAUGUUCAGCUAGCUGAAGCAGGUUCCAAGUCUCAAGGGCCUCCGCAGAAUAUCAGAGCUUGGCUCAAAUUUGUCGCUGCUUGUUGUCAGAUUAGAUUUAAAAAGCCUAUUUUCACUGCAUCUCAACUUGAACAAAUAGCCGAAAUCCUUGUUUGGCUGCUCUUAGAUCGCAGUCUUCAAGGUCUUUCGCUUCUCCUACAAGAGUGCGUAGUAUCUGUUACUGAAUCCUUCAAAGAGGAAGAAUGGGUUUCAAGCUUCAAGAAGAUAGCAAACUCUCUUGCUUCCAGAGUACCUCAAGACAUGAACUGUUUGAGGGUAGUUGAAUCCGUAUCAGGUGUUGAUGCUCGAAGCAAGCAUUUGAGAAGUUCCAUUGCUAAUCAAACGCUUGUUGUUUUACUUGACCAUAAGGAGAGCGACGAGAAGUUGAUGAGCUCGCUGAUGUCUAUCAAUCUGAAAGAGAAAAGUUGCAACCUAUUCAGAACGUACAUGUUAUUGGUUUUGGCAGAGAACUGGCUCUUGUCCAGUAAAAUGGUCGAGGAAAAGCCAGUGUUGAGAGACAUGUGGACUGUGUUUCUCAGAAACUGUUUUUGUCAGAUCAAUAGCACCGAUCUUCGUCCUUUUGCAUCAAAAGUUCGUACCAAAGCCUCGUAUCUUCUUCAAGGAUGCAGAAGCAAUGGAAGUGGUCAAACCUGAAACGUUAGCAGCAAGUCCUCAAAGUGAAAUUUAGUUAGUAAUAGGGUUUUGGUUUGGUUUUAGGUUAAACUCUUUUACCACUGCUAAUCUAAAAUGUAGAACCUUUUAUUAAGCUUUCUUUUUGCCCAUGUCUUGGGUGUAAAAGAAAAGUCCACCCUUGUGUCAUUGAUAGAUUUGGUAUAGAUGUUACCAAAUCUAGUACUACAACUCAUUGAGUGGUAUUACUGUUGUAAGUUUAUGUUAACUAAUAGGCGUCUAAUGAAUAUUUAAGUGCUAAUUCAG